UGAUGGGAAUGAUCUUUGGAAUAUGUAGACGCAAAGAUACAAAGUUUUCUCAAGUAUGAUAUAUUAUUUGUGGUGAAUAGGAUUGAUGUCGAUUGUACAAUUGUUGAGCAUCGAAGAUGAUCGUAGUUUGUUCGUGAAUCGUUGGAGACGAUUGUUGGAAUAUAUAUAUAUAUGUACGAUAGAUAUAAAGAGAUAUGCAAUUUCCAUAGUAUAUGGUAUAUUAUGUGGUGUGAAUAGGACUAGUGUCGAGGGUUUCGGGUGUAGAACUGUCGAAUUUUUCAACGUCGAAAAUCGUUGUGCUUUGUUUGUGAAUGACGCGAACGAUUUUUGAAAUAUAAUAAGAUGUAAGGCUCUCAUAGCAUAUUGUAUAUGAGCUCGAACCGAGUUUCCCCUAUCGAAAUGUGACAGUGCGUCGGGGCGUGGAAUUCAAGGAUCAUUAUGACAUCGAAUCUGAGAUCGGACGAGGAAAAUUUGGCACCGUUUAUCGAUGUAAGGAGAAAGUAAGCGACUUGAUGCUCGCCGCAAAGGUGGUGAACACGGCGAAAAAGGAGGACAAGCGAUCGGUGGAACGAGAGGUGGAAAUUAUGAGACGGUUACAACAUCCACGACUUAUCCAGCUCUACGAUGCCAUUGACACCGGCAAGCAGAUAUACGUAAUUUUGGAACUGAUCGAAGGUGGCGAACUAUUUGAGAGGGUGAUAGACGACGAUUUCGUGUUGACCGAGCGUAGCUGCGCCGUUUUCAUGCGACAGAUCUGCGAGGGUAUAGAGUUCGUUCACCGACAGAAUAUUUUACAUCUCGAUUUAAAGCCUGAAAACAUAUUAUGUUUGACAAAGGAGGGUAAUAGGAUCAAAAUCAUAGACUUCGGUCUGGCGAGGGAGUACGAUCCAAAGAAGAAGUUGCAAGUUCUAUUUGGCACGCCGGAGUUCGUUGCACCGGAAGUCGUAAAUUUCGAUCAGAUUGGUUAUGGUACCGACAUGUGGAGUAUAGGCGUCAUCUGUUACGUAUUAUUAUCCGGUUUGUCACCGUUCAUGGGGGACACAGACAUCGAGACAAUGGCGAACGUGACCAUCGCGAAGUACGACUUUGAUCAUGACGCAUUCGCCAAUAUAUCCGAAGACGCGAAGGAUUUUAUCCGUUGUCUGCUAGUCAAAGACAAAGACAAACGAAUGUCGGCCACGCACUGCAGGGAACAUCGUUGGUUGGUGAAGAAGCCAGCGACGCAGCAACAGCAGCAGGUCGAGCAAACGGUGACGAUAUCGAAGCCGAAGACUCCAGAUCUGCCAAUCCCUCGAGUGGAAACGAGCAGCAUAGACGAGUUGGACGUGACCAAGGACAAUCUGAGGCUGUUCGUGGAGCGCUGGCGUGAGCACCCUGACAGCCCGUACAUCAUAGAUAUUCCUCAGUGCGUGUUGACUCAACAGAAUUCAACUCGCGAUUACGAGGAAUUAGUGUCGUUAGGAGGUCACAGUCCGUCACCUUGUGCCAGUAUCUCCAGCACGCCGUCGGAAGCGACGGAUGGCUCACCCCGAGAGAGCUACGGCACGUUCUUGACGGUACCUAGCUACGGUCUCGAGAGGAGAGCCUCAGAGGGCGUCACCGCGGAGAAGUCAAGGGGCGACCCUGCCAGUCAAAUCAUCUUGGCUGAUGAGAUAAUCAAAUUAUCAGAGCGUCUGAGAUCCAUAGCGACGGGAGCGAGCGGAUAUUCAAACGAGGAGGAAAGCUCCUCGGAGACAGGCGAGCAGAGCAAGAAGCCGCUCGAAGACAGGGACAAAAGGAACGGUGUUCGUUCGAGGAACGGAUUGGUCGCUGAAAAUACCGAAUGCAACGAAAUUGCAGAGAAAUUGUCGAGCAUAGUGAGACACAGGAAGCUCAACGGAACUACGUUCCAUAGUAGUCGUAGUUUUGAUAGGAACACGGAGACCAGUACCGUGAAUAUGUUCGCCUCGUUGAAGAAAUCGAAGCAGAAGAAAGAGGAGGAAAGAAGCCAAAAAGGCUCUAUAGAAUCGGUUAGGUCGGAAUCUUUCGAGAAGAAAGUGGAAGAUAUAACGAGUAAGAAAAAUGAAAUAGUAUUUAACAGAAAUGAGGCUGAGAUGGAUCUUACUCCACCGUGGCGGCGCGCACGAGUGAAACAAUUUGGUGAGACCAGUAGGGACGUCCCACGAAUAUCUGCCCUUCGUAAUUUGCAUAAGAGUCUGAAUCUGGACGAACCUACUAAUACCAAGGAUUUGUUGCUACAUUUGCUUGGUGAAUGGGAAGGUGCCACGAGGUCGUCAGGAGUUGGUCGCAAGUCUGUCAGCGUUGAUUGGUGUGGCGAGGAAUCUGUUGCUAGGAAAACGAUGAACUCUUUGGCCGAAUAUUUCCAAUCGAAACAACAAAAGUCGACGGCGACUAACGUUAGUUCAUCCACGUCGAGUUCGAUACAUCGUUGAGACGACUCCGUUGGUGGAGUUGAGGGCUACGUUGGAUUUGCCUGUCGUUCCUUACGGCGACGACGACGACGACGACGACGACGAUGAGGAUCGUUCGCCAUUGUGAAGUUCUCAGGGCAAUACAAGAUAUAGAGACGGUGGUGGAUGACACAGUGAAGAUAUACGAUUAUUUUUUGUUUAAUGUAUACAAAUAGCGUUGCUACUUCCGGUUUGGAUGGAACUGAAGAGUUUGUAAUGAGUGCGCAAUUUCAUUUGAAUUCAUUUGUGUCGAAUUCAAGUAAAUACGUGAGUUCCUGGUGAAUUGCUCGUGUUGUCAAAUUUAUUAUGUUCGAUUUACAAAAAAAAAAAAAAAAAAAGAAACAAAUGAUUAUUAAAAUUUUUCGAUAAUCGACACGUGUAUUCAUUAUUUUCUUUGGUCUCCAAGAAAAUAUUCCUUUCACAUUCAGUUUGGUUAGCAACAAAGGGAAGAAUAUACAUAUAGUAAGAGACAAAAAUUUUCGUAUAGUUGAAAUGUAAAAAUAGAAGAAGAGAUGUUUCUUGUACUAAGUAUAUUUAACUACAUGUAACUGUAUAUUAUGUAUGAACUUGCUAUAAACCAAUUUGCUCAUUACUCCACUUUUUAUGAAUUUCAUCAUUUCAUUAUACAAGUACAUGAUUAACGUUUAAUUCUCAAUGAAAAAAUCAUUUACUUUUGUAAAUUAUUCAUUCAUCGCAAGAAGGUGACACAAAUAACGAUAAAUUCUGAAGUAAAUCGAAGAAACAGUGUUUGCAACAUCAUCUUCUCUACCUUCUGAUCUGUGAACCUUCAUUAACGUGGCUUCUAAACGGUUCAAAUGUACACGAAGAAAAACUAAUCCAUAAAUGGAUACCGUAUAACGUCAAAAGAAGAUCUUAAAGACUGGGAAGAUAUAGAACCAGAUUUCUCUUAAUUUUAUUAGUCUAAAUUUACUGUUAACAUUAAUUGUUCGUCGAUAAGAGAAGAGAAGGAAAUCAAUUAAUUGUAUUACACGAACAAUUUUGCCUCGACAAGAUGUUACUAUUAUGCGAAUCUUGUCUCAUUACAAGUUACCAAAUAACUACGUUAAAAUUUGUUUGUUUUGUUUUAACUACGUUAAAAUAACAAUAGAAAAUAGUUCUCCAUCGCAACUAUGUAUAUGAACAUUUUUGUCUCUCGUCGUGCUUAAGAUAUCAACCGAUUUGCUUAGAAAUAAUCGUAAAUUUGAUCGAUUGUUUUGCUUCAGGAAAAGACCAUCCGCUACU